UGAGCCUCCAAUGAGCGGAGGGAACGUGACGUCACGGCGCAGCGCAGUGAAAAGCGGCGCGCGCUCUCUCUCCUCUCUCACUCGACCUGCAGCGCCGCUCCUCCUCUGCUCCACCGCUACACACGAGCUACAUUAAAGAUGUCGGACGAGGGUAAACUGUUCAUCGGAGGACUGAGCUUCGAGACCAGCGAGGAGUCUCUGGCUGCGGCCUUCGGCAAAUAUGGAACCAUCGAAAAAGUGGAUGUGAUCAGAGACAAAGAGACGGGCAGAUCUCGCGGUUUCGGCUUUGUGAAAUACGAUAAUGCAGAGGACGCUAAAGACGCAAUGACAGCAAUGAACGGCAAGUCUCUAGAUGGUCGGGCUAUUCGUGUGGAUGAAGCAGGAAAGGGUGGACGCUCCAGAGGUGGUUUUUCAUCGGGCCAGCGUGGCAGCAGAUUCAGUGGAAGCAGGGGGAGAGGUGGGCGAGGUUACUCCAGAGGUGGGGGAUAUAAUGGCGACAGGAGCUAUGGUGGUGACAGGAACUAUGGUGACAGAUGUUUCGGGGGUGGAGAGAGGAGCUUUGGUGGUAGCGGCGGAUACAGGAGUGGAGGCGGCGGCGGCGGAGGAUACUCCUCAAGCGGCUACAGAGACAAUAGGGGUCAGGGUGGAUAUAGUGACCGCUCUGGAACCUACCGUGAUGGAUACGACGGCUAUGCUGCACACGAGUAAACAUCUCCCUGAUUCAAGAUCAUCACUUGGCUGGCUGUAUUUCAAAGAUGCGCUCCUCAAGAAAAAUGUCCACGUGUUAUUGCUGACCUUAGUUUUGUAGUUCUGUUGUAGUAGCUCAAGCAUCUUAAAAAAAAAAAUGUAGCCAUGAGUUUUGGUCAUUCCUUAACAAACCAUGUUACAAAUUACAGUUCAAGACUCUUACCUUGCUUGAUUGGGCAUCUUUAUUCCUCAAAGGUCGUUUGUUAACUAAAAGGCAUCUGUAUAAUCUGAUAACUUUAAGUCCCGAUAUGGGGAUCAAAACAACGGCUCUCCACAAGGUUUUUCGUUCAACGGCCACUACACUUCGCUGUAGACUUUUUGUCCGGCACGUUUAAAAGUGUUUCUUGAUUUUGAUUCCUUAUUUAGUUUGUUUUUUUUAUAUUGAAGUAUCCGAUGGGGCUUGUUUUGUUUUUUCCUUAUUUCCCCUGUCGGUCUCUGUGACUGACCUACCUCUUGCCAGGUUUUAAACUGAGUGAGGAAAGAGAUCCAAUUACUCAAACAGGCUUUUGGGGGAUUUAUGCUAAAUUCCUUUACUACUAAAAAGAAAAAAAAAAACUUAGUUUAGCUGAGGCUCCUGUGUGUUCAAUUUCCCAAAAGAGUGAAUUCCUUUCAGACUGGUGAACUACACCUCCGAAGUGGCCGGCUGUUCAUGAAGUCUGUCCAAGGUAUCUUCUGUGCUCUGCUCAACAUCUGCAUUUUAAAUGUGCUGUAAAAUGGACUAAUCUUGUUUAAGUGAUCGAAAAAUGUAACUUCGUUUCCCCAAAGUAAAAUCUCAACCGGGAACAGUUUUGUACUUUAUGUUCUUUGUAUGAUCAACUUUUUUUUUUCUUUGUCAGUUUGGCUUCAUGGAGCCUAUUAAACAGACUGUGGAAAAUAA